AUGGCGUCCCCGUCCUCGUCGCUCUGCUCCAGCCUCGGCUACCCGCGCGCCGCCUCCCUCGGCGCCCGCCGCCGCGCCGGCUUCUCCUCGUCCAGGAAGCUAUUCCAAGUGAAGGCAUCAAGGGUCGACAGUUUCUCCAAGAGUGACAUCAUUGUGUCCCCUUCCAUUCUCUCUGCAAACUUCGCCAAGCUUGGUGAACAGGUAAAAGCUGUGGAGGUGGCAGGAUGUGACUGGAUUCAUGUUGAUGUCAUGGACGGUCGCUUUGUGCCAAACAUCACGAUUGGACCAUUGAUUGUUGAUGCUCUGCGUCCAGUGACUGAUCUUCCAUUGGAUGUGCAUCUGAUGAUUGUGGAACCUGAGCAGCGAAUUCCUGAUUUUAUCAAGGCAGGUGCUGAUAUUGUUAGCGUCCACUGUGAGCAAACGGCAACCAUCCAUCUGCACCGAACAGUCGAUCAGAUUAAAAGUCUAGGAGCAAAGGCUGGAGUUGUUUUGAACCCUGGGACCCCACUCAGUGCGAUAGAAUAUGUACUUGAAUCUGUUGAUCUGGUAUUGAUUAUGUCAGUCAACCCUGGGUUUGGUGGGCAAAGCUUCAUUGAGAGCCAAGUAAAGAAAAUUGCUGAUUUGAGAAAAUUAUGUGAAGAGAAGGGAGUGAACCCCUGGAUUGAGGUUGAUGGUGGAGUCAGCCCCAAAAAUGCCUACAAGGUCAUUGAAGCUGGCGCGAAUGCCCUUGUUGCUGGUUCUGCGGUUUUCGGAGCUAAAGACUAUGCUGAAGCUAUCAAAGGAAUCAAGACCAGCAAAAGACCUGUAGCCGUAGCAGCAUGA